GUACGUCUGCCUUCCGUCACCAAGUAGCAAAGCCCAAAGGACGAGCAGCAAGAUAUCCUACUGUGGCCACGAGUGUCUGCGGGGGAACUGCUUCAGCCCUCAAUUGUCCCCAUUCCCCAAGGGGCUCUGAGACCUUUGGGAUUCCUGUCACGUUCACUCAAGGGCCUGCGAGGACCUAACAAGCCCCUCAGAAUCACCCCAGAGUUGCUGAGCAUGACGCGGGAUGAGGCACUUCCAGACUCGUACUCAGCACAGGGUUUUUAUGAGAACUAUGAGCCCAAGGAGAUCCUGGGCAGAGGAGUUAGCAGCGUCGUCAGGCGCUGCAUCCACAAGCCCACGCGCAAGGAGUACGCUGUGAAGAUCAUUGACGUCACUGGUGGAGGCAGCUUCAGCUCUGAGGAGGUGCGGGAGCUGCGAGAGGCCACGCUGAAGGAGGUGGACAUCCUGCGCAAGGUCUCAGGGCUCCCCAACAUCGUACAGCUGAAGGACACUUAUGAGACCAACACUUUCUUCUUCUUGGUGUUUGAUCUGAUGAAGAGAGGGGAGCUCUUUGAUUACCUCACUGAGAAGGUCACUCUGAGUGAGAAGGAAACCAGAAAGAUCAUGAGAGCCUUGCUGGAGGUUAUCCGCAACUUGCACAAACUCAACAUUGUGCAUCGGGAUCUGAAGCCCGAGAACAUCCUCUUGGAUGAUGACAUGAACAUCAAGCUCACAGACUUUGGUUUUUCCUGCCAGCUGGAGCCAGGAGAGAAGCUUCGAGAGGUCUGUGGGACUCCCAGUUACCUGGCCCCUGAGAUCAUUGAAUGCUCCAUGAAUGAUGACCACCCAGGCUAUGGGAAGGAGGUGGACAUGUGGAGCACCGGGGUCAUCAUGUACACCCUGCUGGCUGGCUCCCCGCCCUUCUGGCACCGGAAACAGAUGCUGAUGCUGAGGAUGAUCAUGAGUGGCAACUACCAGUUUGGCUCACCUGAAUGGGAUGAUUAUUCAGACACUGUGAAGGACUUGGUUUCCCGAUUCUUGGUGGUGAACCCCCAGGGCCGCUAUUCAGCAGAAGAGGCCUUAGCGCAUCCCUUCUUCCAGCAGUAUGUGGUGGAAGAAGUGCGUCACUUCAGUCCCCGGGGCAAGUUCAAGGUGAUCGCUGUAACUGUUCUGGCUUCAGUGCGGAUCUAUUACCAGUACCGCCGGGUGAAGCCUGUGAGCCGGGAGAUCAUCAUCCGUGACCCCUAUGCCCUCCGGCCUCUGCGCCGACUCAUCGAUGCCUAUGCUUUCCGGAUCUAUGGACACUGGGUGAAGAAGGGACAGCAGCAGAACCGGGCUGCCCUCUUCGAGAACACACCCAAGGCUGUGCUCCUCUCCCUGGCUGAGAACUACUGAGGGGCUGGCAGGCGGGAAGGUAGGGUGGGGGGCAGGCGAGGAGGCAAAGUCACAGAAAUAUAUGCUGAGGAGUGAGAUCAUGUCCAGGCCUCUGUCCAGAGGGGGCUCUUGGCCCUGGCAAGGACCCCUGGAACUAGGGCCACUAUCCCCUCUCAGAGGCUCUGCACAAGAAGAGCAGGGUGCUCCCAUCACAUGUUGGUAAGUGUGCUCAGGGCCAGGCCCCACGGAAAGGGAACCAGAGGUGGUUUGAGAGCCUUACUGCUUCUCUACUUCCCAGCUGUACCACCAUCUUGGGUCCUUCUCAUGGGAGGACCAGAGUUCCUGACACUCACACGUACUUCCCUUAGGGUCCCAGGAGGAGGAUAAAAGAGACGACGGUCUGAUACACACAAUCAUGGAGAUUUUACUGACCUCACAGCAUCCAGUGACACCACGGGAGCAGAUUCUUUUCCAGGGACAUGUGUUUACAGGCAUAUGGAUGCCCUCAUAUAAUUAACAAUAGAAAGGGAAGGUUCUGGUA